UGGGAGCUGGGAGAGUGGCCGGGGAAGGCAGUCUCACUCAAGGGUGCUCUGAGGAUCCGCUGGGAGGAAAUACAGCGUAACAGUGCAUGGUCUGAAAGGUGUGUCAGGAAGCUCACCUACACGGUCGUAAGGAUGCGGGUUAUGGAACUGGGGAGCAAGAUGUGUUGGCCGCUGGUCUUUCUGGCACUUUCCGCCUUUUUUACUCCCCCAGUCGAGGGGCAAGUCUCAAAUCCCAGAAGACUACGUUUUAAAGUCAUGGGCAAGAGCAAAUUGCUUGUGGCAUGGAAAGAGCCAAGAGGAGAUUUUCAAAGCUACAGAUUUAUCUAUACCUCUGAGCCAGGUGGAGAGGAAACAGAGUUCCAAAUCCCGAAAGGUGAAAACAAAGCAGUAAUACAUGAUUUCAGUCCCGAUAAUGAGUACACAGUCAAGGUCAUUGCUGUGAAUGGUGACAAGGAAAGCAGACCACUGAAGGGGAAAUAUGCAGUCCAAGAGCUGGAGCCAGACGAGGAUGUGCAGUCUCAGAAACUGAAGGACAACGAUGGGUCUGAGGAUGUCAAUGAGAUAUCGGCAGUGGACCAGUUUGUCUGCACGACCCCAGCGAUUGCGGACAUCGUGAUCUUGGUGGACGGUUCCUGGAGCAUUGGGCGGAUAAACUUCCGACUGGUCCGAAUGUUCCUGGAGAACCUGGUGAACGCCUUCUCCGUAGGAAUUGACAAGACCCGGAUUGGCCUGGCCCAGUACAGCGGGGACCCCAGGAUCGAGUGGCACCUGAAUGCCUUCAGCACCAAGGAGUCUGUGAUUGAUGCAGUGAAGAACCUGCCCUACAAAGGAGGGAACACACUGACGGGCCUUGCACUUACCUAUAUCCUGGAGAACAGCUUCAAGCCAGAAUCUGGAUCUCGGGCCAAUGUUCCCAAAAUUGGGAUCCUGAUAACGGACGGAAAAUCCCAAGAUGAUGUCAUUCCUCCCGCGGAAAGCCUUCGCAAUGCGGGUGUUGAGCUUUUCGCCAUCGGUGUGAAGAAUGCGGACGAGAAUGAGCUGAAGGCCAUCGCCUCCGAGCCUGAUGGGACUCACGUCUACAACGUGGCCGACUUCAGCAUCAUGAGCUCCAUCGUGGAGAGCCUGACCAAGACCGUGUGCGACCGUGUCGAGCAGCAGGACAAGGAGAUCAAAGGGGAGUCUGACAACCAGCCGACAACGGGUGCCCCUCAGGACCUGGUGACAUCAGAAGUGUCAGCGAGGGGUUUCCGUGUUUCUUGGAGCCAUGCCCCAGGGGCAGUGGAAAAGUAUCGAGUGGUGUACUAUCCCACCCAGGGAGGCCAGCCUGACGAGGUUGUGGUAGACGGCACCGAGGACUCUGUGUUGCUGAACCACCUCAACUCUAUGACGGAAUACCAGAUCGCUGUAUUCGCUGUGUACACAGCUGUGGCCAGCGAAGCCCUUCGGGGCUCAGAAACCACUUUGGCCUUGCCGAUGGUGAAUGACCUGCAGCUGUCGGAGGUGACCCACAGCACCAUGCGGGCCCAGUGGAAGCCUGUGGAGGGGGCCACUGGGUACAUGAUCCUGUACGCCCCGCUGACUGACACUGAGUCCACGGACGAGAAGGAGUUGAAGGUGGCUGAGCCGUUGACUGAAGUAGAGCUGGAGGGACUGACCCCCGACACGGAGUACACGGUCACAGUGUAUGCCCUGUAUGGGGAAGAAGCCAGUGACCCAAUGACCAGCCAGGAGACCACAUUGCCACUGAGUCCACCCCAAAACCUGAAGAUUUCGGACAUCGACCACAGCUCUGCAAGGGUGGCGUGGGACCCUCCAUCCAUGGAUGCCAGGGGUUACCGGAUCAUGUACAUCUCAACCGAUGGCGGCCCGACCAAUGAGUUGGACGUGGGUCCGGUUACGUCUCUGGUGCUGAAGAACCUGACCUCUCUGACGGAGUACACAGUGGCCGUCUUCGCGCUGUACGACGAGGGCCAGUCUGAGUCCUUGACUGACCUCUUCACCACCAGGCUGGUGCCAGAGCCCCUUGACCUUAGAACCAGCGAGGUAUCCACAGACAGCUUCCGGGUGGGCUGGCAGCACGCUGCAGAUGACAUUGUCUUCUACAAGCUGACCUGGAUGCCCGUCAGUGGGGGAGAUGCAAAAGAGACUGUUGUGAAUGGAGCUGAUGACACCAUCCUGCUCACCGGCUUGCAGCCGUUCACAGAGUAUGAGGUGUCGCUGUCUGCAAUCUUCAGAGAUGAGACAGAGAGCGAUGUAGUGACUGCCCUGGAGGCAACAUUGGAAAGAACAACAACUGUUGCCACAACAACAGCCACUACCACCACUCCAGUGGUGCGGCAGGGAGUCAAGAACCUGAAUGUCAAUGAGGAGACCACGUACAGCCUGCAGGCAUCCUGGGACCUGCAGGACCCCAAUGUGCAGGAGUACAGGGUGUCCUACAUCAGCCAGAGGGGUGACCGAGCGGAGGAAGCAGUCAUGGUUCCCAGCGAACAGAGCAACGUCCUCCUUCAGCCAUUACUGUCUGACACGGAGUACAAGGUGACAGUCACCCCCGUGUAUGCUGAUGGAGACGGAAUCAGCGUGUCAUCCGUGGGGAAAACACUGCCCCUCACCGCACCACGAAACCUCAGGGUGUCCGAAGAGUGGUACAAUCGUUUCAGGAUCACCUGGGACACUCCUCCAUCCCCCACCAUGGGGUACAGGAUUGUCUACCAGCCUAUCUCUGCUCCUGGCCCCGCCCUGGAGACCUUCGUGGGCGAGGACGUUAACACCAUGCUGAUCGUCAACCUGCUGACCGGCACGGAAUACAGCGUCAAGGUCAUCUCCUCGUACACAACGGGCUCCAGUGAAGCCCUGGCCGGCAAGGCCACGACAUUGAAACUGGGGGUGUCCAACCUGAACACCUACCAAGAGCGCACAACCAGCAUGUGUGCCCAGUGGCAACCCACCACUGCCUCAAUGUACAGGGUGAUCAUCGAGUCCCUUCUCAAUGGACAACGGCAAGAAGUGAGCGUAGGAGGCGGGGCUUCCAGGCAUUGCUUCUAUGACCUCACUCCAAACACCCAAUACAAGAUCAGCGUCUACACCCAGUACCUUGACAUGGAGGGUCCUGCGAUCACCUCCGUGAGCGCAACACUCCCAGUUCCGACGGAGCCACCCACUGUGCCCCCCAGCACAACGCCUGCCCCCACCGUCCCUCCUGCCAAGGAAGUCUGUAAGGCAGCCAAGGCUGACCUGGCCUUCCUGGUGGAUGGGUCCUGGAGCAUCGGCGACGACAACUUCCAGAAAAUCAUCCGCUUCCUGCACAGCACGACCGGGGCCCUUGAUAAGAUUGGCCCUGAUGGCACGCAGGUUGCGAUUGCACAGUUCAGCGACGACGCCAGGACAGAAUUCCAGCUCAACUCGUACGGCAACAAGGAGACGCUGCUGGACGCCAUUCAGCGCAUCGCGUACAAAGGGGGAAACACUAAGACAGGCAUGGCCAUUAAGCAUGUGAAGGAAAGCAUCUUUACCACAGAAAGGGGCGUGAGGAGAGGCAUUCCCAAAGUUCUGGUGGUGCUGACCGAUGGCAGGUCCCAAGAUGAUGUGAACAAGGUCUCCAAGGAGAUGCAGAUUGAGGGUUACAGCAUUUUUGCCAUUGGCUUUGCCGACGCCGACUAUGGUGAGCUGGUGAACAUUGCCAGCAAACCCAGCGAGAGGCACGUCUUCUUUGUGGAUGACUUGGACGCCUUCAAGAAAAUCGAGGAGCAGCUGAUUACGUUUGUGUGUGAGGCAGCCUCAGCCACUUGUCCGUCUCUUCUAAUGAGUGGUAACACCUUAGCAGGCUUCAGGAUGAUGGAGAUGUUUGGGCUGGUGGAGAAUCGGUACGGCAGUGUGGAGGGAGUGUCUAUGGAACCUGGCACAUUCAACAGCUUCCCCUGCUACCGACUACACAAGGACGCCCUCCUGAACCAGCCCACAAAGUAUCUUCAUCCAGAAGGUCUGCCGUCAGACUACACCAUCACAGUGCUUUUCCGCCUGCUGCCAGACACACCCCAAGAGCCCUUUGCAUUAUGGGAGAUUCUCAAUAAGGAAAAUGAGCCUCUGGUCGGCGUCAUUCUGGACAACAGUGGGAAAACCCUCACCUUUUUCAACUACGACUACAAGGGAGACUUCCAGACCGUGACGUUUGAGGGGCAGGAGAUCAAGAAGAUUUUCCAUGGCAGUUUCCACAAGCUCCAUGUGGCUAUCAGCAAGACAACGGCCAAAGUGGUCAUCGACUGUAAGAUGAUCGGAGAGAAGUCCAUCAACGCUGCGGGGAACAUCACCGCGGACGGGGUGGAGGUGCUUGGUCGGAUGGUGCGCUCCCGCGGAAAGAGAGACAACUCUGCCCCAUUCCAGCUGCAGAUGUUUGACAUCAUCUGCAGCACCUCAUGGGCCAGCCGGGACAAGUGCUGUGAGCUGCCAGGCCUGAGAGUGGAAGCGGACUGUCCGGCCAUGCCCCAUGCCUGCACCUGCACCCAGGAUAGCAAAGGGCCUACUGGACCUUCUGGACCACCUGGUGGCCCAGGAAUCAGGGGAGUGAGAGGGGAUCGAGGAGAACAGGGACUUGUGGGACCUCAAGGCUCUACUGGUGACAUGGGGCCUCCAGGACCACAGGGACCUCCCGGCCCCCAGGGCCCCAGCGGAUUGUCUAUUCAGGGGGCUCCGGGGUUGCCUGGGGAGAAAGGAGAGAAAGGCGAGGUUGGCGCGCAGGGACUUCAGGGUGUUCCUGGAUCUACUGGGUCUAUGGGACGGGAUGGCUCACUCGGACAGAGGUUUUCAAGGGAAGCCAACCAGGGACUUCCUGGAAAAGUCGGACCACAGGGACAGCAAGGACCCCCGGGGCCAAUUGGGACCCCCGGGGUUCCAGGGUCCCCAGGAUCGAAAGGACCGCCAGGACAGCUGGGUGACCUAGGACCACCUGGUCCUGCUGGUAACAAGGGCGAUAAGGGUGAACGGGGUGACUUGCAGUCCCAGUCUACCGUCCGGUCGAUUGCCCGUCAGGUCUGCGAGCAGCUGAUUCAGAGUCACUUAUCCCGCUACAGCUCUGUUCUGAACCAGAUCCCCAGUCAAACUGCCACAGUCCGCACCGUUCCUGGACCCCCCGGAGAGCCUGGACGUCAGGGCGCCCAGGGGACGCAGGGCGAGCAGGGCCCUCCCGGCAGACCGGGAUUUCCUGGGAGCAACGGACAAAAUGGCCGACCGGGAGAUAGAGGUUUUCCAGGGGAGAAGGGAGAGAAGGGCAGUCAAGGAGUAGGCAUUCAGGGCCCCAGAGGCCCCCAGGGCCCAACAGGACCUCACGGGGAAGGUCGGACAGGGAGCCAGGGGCCGCCUGGCAGACCUGGCAACCCGGGCACGCCAGGAAGGCCGGGCGUCCCAGGCAGCACUGGUUCAGCCGGACCCCCGGGGUACUGCGACCAGAACUCCUGCUUGGGCUACAACGUUGGAGGUGGAAAUGGUGACCCAACUGACCGAGAUGUUCCCAUAGUACAAUUGCCUCCCAACUCCUAUCAAGCCUAUGACCCUGCCGGCAAUUAUGAGGAAGAGGAGGACGAAGAGGAAGACCCAGCCCGGUAUGGGUAUGGGGCUUACCCCCCCCAGUACUACCAGCCCAACUACCCCGCGCAGCCCGGACCCCCUCACUCCGAGGACACCAUCGUGAGGUCACCGGGAAUGCACCGAUUUGCCAGGAGUCCGCCAGAAAAGAGAGGCUCUGCCAUCCCAGAGUAGGGUGAACGGUGGAGGGGAAGGAGCCAGGAACGUCAAGAGAUGCACGCCUGAAGUCAAGCCCCUUCAGCGCAUCCGCAGAACAGCGCUUCGACACCACCAUUGAAAAAGAAAGGAAAUACAAAAAGGGGGCUAAAAUCUAUUCACACACAGCGAUUCCAGAUGUACGAGGAAGAUCCGAAAGUGCCUGAUAUAUAUACUGUAUGAUAUUUUUUUUGUUUUUUUGGGGGGCAGGGGGAGGAUUACGCUGGCAUACUCGAUGAUUUUAUUUUCAUUAAGUCGCAUGUCACCUCAAAGGACAGGCAGGAGUUCAGCGGGAGAUUAAAGGGGUUGUGAGCUUUUGUUUGCAUGCAGCAGACAUUUUGUAAUCUACUUACACCGUGACAAAUGGCGUCUGUACAGUUUAUCUCAUUGUUUUUACAGCAUUGUACCGUUUCCAUCUCAGAGCGCUCAUCAGCCCAAUGCGUUUCUGCCUUUGAUUUCCAGUAUUUCCUCAUUGCCUUUUCUAGUUUAUUUAUUGAAAUGAAUUGUCCUCUGUUGUGAGGGUCUGUAUUUCUUGCACUCAUAUAUCAACCCCCUCCAUUGGAUCUCUGAUGGUACAUGAAUUUGAACCUACAUCUUUUGGAAAUGACCUGGAUUAUUCUUCAUCUACAUGUAAUAAUUAUGUCAUAAUGUCUCUGUGCUUUUUUUAUAGAGCUGCGUUAGUCAUUGUCCUUGUGGAAAACUACACACGUGAGGUUAAGGGAAAAAAAAAGGAUUAUUGUUGACUUUUUGGAUUUUUGCUACACGAGGAUAGGUGUUGUGCUAGCUGUCGUCUCAAGGAUGCAGAGAAGGUGCUAGAAUGUGUAAUAUACAAACUAGAUGAAUCUGUGAAAUGAUUAUUUUCCUGCCUUCACAUUUUUUGUUAUGUUUUGUGGGGCCUGUUCACUGUGGAGGUGCGUUCAAUAGUUAGGCCUGUGGUCUAAUUUCCCCUUCAGAGAGACAUGCAGAAUGUAGAACAGGUGCAAGUGGAAAGUCUCAUCUCAGAACCUUUGAAUUUAGGAAGUAAUUUAUUUUUACUUUAUUAUUUGUUUUGUAACCAAUAAAACUGAAGUACAACCACGAA